AUGUGCAGGUGGCGACUCAGAAGCAAGAAGAAGACGUGCGAGUACGUGUUCUCGAACUUGGAGGGAUCCAAACGUCUGUCGAAGCAAUCCAUCUCGGCCCUGGCUUCGAAGAUGCUCAAGGCGAUCGGGAAAACGGGAGCGACGCACCACGGAUUCAGACGAGCUGGAGCGAACUACUUGCGAGCGAAAAGACUUUCGAUGGAGGAGGUGCGGUGCAGAGGACGUUGGAGAUCAGCAGAGGGACUACAGAGGUACUUGAAGGACAUCCCGGAAGCCCAAGGAUGCAAAUCAACGGAAAAGGGAGCUGGAAGGGAAGCGGACGAGUCCGAAUCGGACGAAGAAUGA